CGACCCAACCAACCGCGUCAACUUCAUCUCUACUACCCUCACCCACCAGCCCUGCAAACAAUCUGACGCCGUCACUCACCCCCUCGCCAAACAAAGGCCAUCUCCAACAGAUCGCUUCCGCCUACCUUUGUUUCACAGAAGAGCCAGUUUUUUUGAAUGACAAUCAAGACGUAGAGGAAGAAAACCUAUAUCUGUCUUUCCCCUUUUUUUCCAUCGGACACACCUCCGGUGGUCACAUACACACACAGGCAAACGAUGGCGACCAAUGGCCCAGCGAUCAAGCCCGACCCAGAUGUCAAGAUCGAAGACGCAGAUAUCAAGGCUGAGGUCUUGGAUGCUGAUGAUGACGAACUAUAUGAAGAUGCCGGUGACCUGGACAUGUCUAAGGGGGACAAGGCGGUGUGGUUGGUGAAGCUCCCAAGUUUUGUCGCUGAGCGCUGGAACGAGAUUGAUGAUAAUGAGGAGAUUGUGUUGGGCGUUGUGAAGGUUAAUCCAAAGGAUACUAGCAAUCUUAAACUUUCACUUGAGAGGAAUCAAGCGAACGGAGACGAGAUCCCUACAGAGUAUGAUUUGAGGAUAACCAAUAUGGAGGUUAACAAUACUUUUGUCUUUACGGAGAAAGAUAUGCCGGGAUUUUCGAGCAAGUUGAAUACCGGUGGCGUGAAGGAGGGUGAACCGGCGAUUCCUGCGAGGCUGUUAUACCAACACCGUGACCGGGAGAGCAAUAGUGGGGGUGGCGGUGGUGGGAAAGGCAAUUGGGGGAAGCAGAGAUAUCAGCCGUAUGUUCGGAAAGCUAUUCCAAAGAGGACUUCGCUAGUUGGAACAGUUCGCCACGAAUGCUCCAUGUCUCCGGUUAUCAAUGAAGAGUACAAGCGGUUCCAGCUAUCUAAAUUCCGUCAAGCAGAUGCUCCGAGAGUCACCACCCAAGUUCUCGAUCCCAAUGCUGCUGGCGGUAACCUCCUUGCACCCGGUACCACUGGUGCCACAGCUAAGAGUUUUGCUGGCUUCGUUAAACCCACACAAGCAGUUCGAAAAACAACAGACAACAAAGCCGCCCGUAUGCCUCACUCAGAACUCCUCACAGCUCUGUUUUCUCUCUUCGCAGAGCAUGAAUACUGGUCCAUGCGUGGCAUUCGCGAGAGGUUAUUUCAGCCGGAGCAAUACCUCAAGCAAACCCUGGACGAGAUCGCAAAAAUGGACCGCAAUGGCCCCUUCACAGGAAAGUGGUCACUCAAGAGCGAGUACAAGAAUACAGACGACAAGAAGAAGUUGGAGCUCGCUGCAUCCACUGGUGGAGAAGCCGGCCAGGAGGUCAUCGAGAUUGACGACGACGAUGAAAUGGUUGAGAUGGAGGAUGUCCUUAAGUAAAUUCGGAUAGAUCGACUAGGAGAAACGAAGGAAAGAAAAAGUGGAUGGCAGCCUAUUAUUAUCUUGGAUUUGGGAUGGGGGUUGAUUUGCUGUAUAUACUUUAGUUCUGCUUUACCUCACCUUACCCACCUUUCGCUAUUAUUUUGUUCUUUCAUUUUUAUUUUAGCGCCGUAGCAUUGCUAGCCGGGAUGGGGGUGUAGUCUAAUUGAAUGCUCGGUAUGCGUGGGGUCAUGUAGUCCGACUUACUUGCUCUUUUAUUCUCUCUCAUCACUACACUAUCUCCUUUUUUGUCUCCUUCUAUUUCCCCCUUUCCAUUUUACUCUUUGCUUCAUUCUUUUCCUUUCUCUCCUUCCUCCCUUUCUUUCUUUCAAAAAAUCAGUUAAAACUUGGACACGGGCGUUCCGGGGUUGCUUUGAGUAUCAACAGUACAGUACCUGGCAUUGCUUUUCCUCUAUACUUCCUUCCUUUUGCUUUCCCCUAGCCAGAAGCUUAGUAGUGGUAGCAGAUGUGUACCUGUACUGGUGUGGUAGUCCGGUGUAUACAAUUUGUAAGGGAUGGGAGGCAAGUGAAUAAAUUGCUAGCUUAACUCA